GAUCAAUAAUUUCUUCAUAUUUUCCACAACUAAUCAAAGCGUAAAGACCACACCUUUUCACUAUUCCUCACCGGCGACCAUCUCCUUCUUUCGGUCUCUUUUCUUCUUCAUUCUCACCCAAUUGGAACGAUUUACCUUAUCCCGAUCUCGCUGCUCUAUUGAAGCUCAGUUUUCCGACAUCAAUCCCAGAUGCAGUGGUGUGCAUCAAUCUUCAACCAGGAUCUCUAGACAUUUCAUUUUGAGCACAACCCUGCAAAACAUUUAGUACGGAUCAACUUCAAAAUGGCAUCCAAACCUCAUUAUGAUGCAGACACCAGUGACAUUACCACCACCCCAGUAAGCAUAGUUAAGAAUGCUUUUAUAUGUGUAAUAGCUUCUCUUAUGUAUAUGAUUUUUCCUUUUAUUUUCUUUAUACAGGAAGCUGAUGGUGUUAAGUACGCUUUGGGACCAAAAGCAUUCAACAUAGUCUGGGGAAAUGACCAGGGCUUUUGGCGAAUUUCAACCCAAUCAGGGUAAGAAAAGUUUCUCUCCUGAAUAUCAAAUGCUCACGACACCACUAGAGGGCAGAGAAUCAGCAAAGGUUUAUGCAAGGAAAAGAAUAGGGAUCCAACAGAGCUGGUUCAAGUGUGUUGGCUAGAAGUAACAGGUUCAGUAUCAGUUGAGAAGGGCAAGAGGUAUCAGAUAAGUUUCAAGCUGAGCAUGAAAUCGGAUGCCUUCGGGUGGGCCAACAGCCCUGUUUUUUUGAUGGCUAAGGUAGGCAAGAGAGGCAAGUACAUAUGGAAAAGGCUUUCGCAACUGGAGCAGUGUCCUAGGGAGCCCAUGGAUGUUCCAGAUCCAAACAGUAAUAAUAGCUUUCGAAUUGACGUCCCAGCAGAUGCCAGUGACCCAAGGCUCUACUACGGACUGUACGAAGUCUGGAGUGGCAAAUGGAAGGGAGGUCUGCGAAUCCAUGGUGCAACUGUCAAAGAAAUUCAGGCUGCUGCGACGCGAUAAUUGAACUCAUAGGUUCCUAGUUUAACUAAGUUGUGUGUUCGUAUGUUGUCUGUUUUAUUUUUUUUAUUUUUUUUCCUUUUUAUGGCAUUUGUGUCUGUUCACACGUACUCAGACUCUUGAAAUAUGACAGAGAUGGUCUAUAUGAUAUUUGUAAUAUAAAAAUCGUAAUAGUUA